UCCCUCCCUUCCCCGCGGGGAGGGGUGGGGAAGGGAAGGGGCUAUAAAGCGCGAAGGGACGUGCGUGACACAGUCCCCGCUGCAGCCCGUCUCCGCCGGAGCGGGGGGCUAGGUCAACACCCGCCCCCCUAAAAAACAAGCCAAGCCUCCCCCGCCGCGGGAGGGACAGCCCGGGACGCGACGGGACCGGACGCCGCAAGGAUGCUCCUGCUGCUGCUGCUGCUGCUGCCGCCGCUCGGCUCCAGGCCCCAGAAGUUGCCCACCAGGGAUGAGGAGCUCUUCCAGAUGCAGAUCCGGGACAAGGCGUUUUUCCACGACUCGUCAGUCAUCCCCGACGGAGCGGAAAUCAGCAGCUACCUCUUCCGAGACACCCCCAAAAGGUAUUUCUUCGUGGUUGAAGAGGACAACACUCCCUUAGCAGUGACAGUGACACCGUGUGAUGCCCCUCUGGAGUGGAAACUGAGUGUGCAGGAGCUCCCAGAGGAAGCCAGCGGGGAAGGAUCAGGUGACCCAGAGCCCCUUGAGCAGCAGAAACAGCAGAUUACCAACGAGGAAGGCACGGAGCUCUUCUCCUACAAAGGCAACGAUGUGGAGUACUUUGUGUCCUCCAGUUCCCCAUCUGGGCUGUACCAGCUGGAUCUGCUGUCCACAGAGAAAGACACCCAUUUUAAAGUGUAUGCAACCACCACUCCGGAGUCAGACCAGCCUUAUCCCGAGCUACCUUACGAUCCCAGAGUGGAUGUCACCUCUCUGGGACGCACAACAGUGACGCUGGCAUGGAAACCGAGCCCCACGGCCUCCUUGCUGAGACAGCCCAUCCAGUACUGCAUAGUCAUCAACAAAGAGCACAACUUCAAAAGCCUCUGUGCUGUCGAAGCCAAGCUCAGCUCUGACGACGCCUUCAUGAUGGCUCCAAAGCCGGGCCUGGAUUUCAGUCCCUUUGACUUUGCCCAUUUCGGCUUCCCUGCAGACAGCAACUCUGGCAAAGAACGUGGUUUCCUAAAAUCGUCCAAGUUUGGGCGGCAAACAUCCCCAAAGCCGAGAGUUGACCUGCAUAGAGUCUGCAUUGGGAACAAGAACAUCUUCACCGUGUCUGACCUGAAGCCAGACACCCAGUACUAUUUCGACAUGUUUGCAGUGAACACCAACACCAACAUGAGCACCGCCUACGUCGGCACCUUUGCCAGGACCAAGGAGGAGGCGAAGCAGAAGACAAUCGAGCUGAAGGAUGGCAAAGUUACAGAUGUGUUCAUCAAAAGAAAGGGAGUCAAAUUUCUACGUUUUGCCCCUGUUUCAUCUCACCAAAAAGUCACUUUUUCCGUUCACUCCUGCCUGGAUGCUGUUCAGAUCCAAGUUAGGAGGGAUGGAAAACUUCUCUUGUCUCAGAGCGUGGAGGGCGUGCGGCAGUUCCAGCUCCGGGGGAAAGCAAAAGCUAAAUACCUUAUCAGGCUGAAGGGCAGCAAGAAAGGCGCUUCCAUGCUGAAGAUCCUGGCCACAACGAGGCCUAACAAGCAGUCAUUCCCUUCCCUUCCCGAAGAUACGCGGAUCAAAGCCUUCGACAAGCUCCGCACGUGUUCCUCGGUCACGGUGGCGUGGCUGGGCACGCAGGAGAGGAACAAAUUCUGCAUCUACAAGAGGGAAGUGGAUGACAAUUACAACGAAGAGCAGAAGAAAAGAGAGCAGAACCAGUGCUUGGGUCCAGACACGAGGAAGAAGUCGGAAAAGGUUCUCUGUAAAUACUUCCACAGCCAGAACAUCCAGAAAGCAGUGACCACAGAGACAAUCAGAGGCCUGCAGCCUGGCAAGUCCUACCUGCUGGAUGUUUACGUGAUAGGGCACGGCGGGCACUCGGUGAAAUACCAGAGCAAACUGGUGAAAACAAGGAAGUUCUGUUAGUGCCCCUGGACAGAGGAACACAGGGAACUCCGGACUGAGCGCUAUCCUGCUUCCGAGUAUAGGGAUUGACUACUUGCACAGCUGAGAAGUUGUGACCUGUAUUUGUACUGUGUAGAAAAGAUAUCAACUUGUAUAUUUAUGUUUACAUAAGUCGUUGUCUGGAGGAGCUGAGGCUGGUGCUGCCUGGUAGCAGCUGGCAGCGGUGUUACCACGAGUCCAGUGACCCAUGUAUGAUGCUCAGUAGAUGUCCAAGGCAGCAGAAAACCUUGGAGGAACUGGCACACCUUUGCUUCCAUAUUGCAUGAACUGCUUCUAAAUUAUUUUAUACUUUAAAAGGCUGAGGUACAUCAUUUGUCCACCUUGUUACUCACACACACAACUCACAGACAUAUGCCCCUUCUCUCAGUGUAGAUGGUAGGGUUUCUGUAAAUUAUUUUAUAGAGUCUUGUUUUAAAUGUUUAUGUUUCUAUGAUUGUAAACUAUUAAAAUCUCCCCCCAAUAAAAUACAGAUCUAAACUAAGUAUUAACUGGGCUGCACAUGAAGCAGUUUCAUUGCUAAUGUAAAUUCUUACCUAGCUGAUUUUCUUGUUUAAAUACUGUAUGUAUUUCAUGUACAAAGUUGCCAUAACGUUAUAUUCCUGUACAUAAAAUUAAAAAUAUUAGAUUAUA